AUGCAGAGAUCCCUACAAUCAGUCCGUUACCAAUCAGUAAUCAGUACUGCUGGUCAGGGACUGCCUUUCGUUUGCCCAAUCAGCAAAGAAGAUUUCACCCGCGAUUUCGAAUCUGGCUCAAGUCAACACUUCUCUACAGCUCUGGUAGAUGCCCUCCUUGCCUUGGCAACCCUGUUGGCUCAAGAGAAGAUGGCAGCUAUCAUAGCGUCUCGCUCAAACGCCAAUCCGCGAGGGGACCUCGGAUACUCUUUUGCGCAAAAGGCCAUUGCUGCAUUGUACAAUGGGGCCGGUUUACCGCAGCGCAUUGCAGAUAUCCAGGCGCUGGGUAAAGUGGCGCUGUACUGUCUUGGCUGCGGCAAGAUGAACGACGGCCUGGGCUUUGCCGGUGAUCUUGGUGCUUCUAUUGCCGAGCAAUGGGCAGCCAAUCAAUCUGAACCAGUCUUGGCUCCUCGACAGACGCAUGCGAAUAUUACUUGUGCUGCUGUAUCGUUCAACAGAUUGCUAUUUCUGAUCCAAGACUAUAACAAGACCAUGGACGAGCUGGCCGUCAAAUUUGGUGCAACCAGGCCCCCUUUGCAAGAUAACAGCAGCACAGACAGCUCAAGCUCAAAGACCAACCUAUCCGGCUCCAUCAUUGGUGAUGCAUUUCUCACGAGAGAUCCCAGUCUACUGCCCAAUUACCCGAAGGUCAUCGCCGCCAGGCUAUUCGAGUUGACAGAAUGGGUGUACAAGGCCCAUUUUAGUCCCGAAAAGACUUUUGAUCAGGCAGUAAAGGUCUAUCAAGGCAGUCUGCAAUGGUAUGAAUCAUUUUUUGCCUAUACCAGCAGCUGCACUACUGAAACACCAUUAAUACUAUGUGGCCACAGCGGGGAGUAUUGUGGAGUUGAUACAGCACUACAGCAGGCUUACAUUGACGGGCAGCUUUUCGACUUCAUGACCUUUUUCAAGGCUGCGGCCCUUGCGUUUUUGGAAGAUGAGGAUGAAACUUUACUUAUUGCCCUCUUCUGCUCUUUAGUAGUUGGAAGCAUUGUUGGGAAGCGUCUCAAGUAUGCGAAUGUUCGUCAACGGUUGUGGAGAAAGUUCAGAAAUUUGAUCAAGCAAUCGGACUUAAUGAAUAUCCUCCAAAAUUGCGGAGAAGCUCACGGAUUCUGA